AUGGCCAGAACCAAGCAGACCGCGCGUAAAUCCACCGGAGGAAAGGCUCCCAGGAAGCAGCUCGCCACCAAGGCUGCCCGUAAGAGCGCCCCGGCCACCGGCGGUGUUAAGAAGCCUCACCGUUACAGGCCCGGCACAGUGGCUCUCAGAGAGAUCCGUCGUUACCAGAAAUCCACCGAACUGCUGAUCCGCAAGCUGCCCUUCCAGCGCCUCGUCAGAGAGAUCGCCCAGGACUUCAAGACCGACCUGCGCUUCCAGAGCUCUGCCGUCAUGGCUCUGCAGGAGGCCAGCGAGGCCUACCUGGUGGGUCUGUUCGAGGACACCAAUCUGUGCGCUAUCCACGCCAAGAGGGUCACCAUCAUGCCCAAGGACAUCCAGCUGGCCCGCCGCAUCCGCGGAGAGAGGGGCUUAAGCCGACCUGUCCCUGACCCCCAACAACACAACGGCUCUUUUAAGAGCCACCUAGAUCAAACAAGAGUCACACUUCCCCUCAAACGGAAGUUAUUAAUUAUCAUCAAUGUUUUACGUCUUACUCAUCUCACAUCACACAAUGUAUAA